UCUGAAACCGGCCGCCGCUCGCCCGACCUUCUGCGCCGGCCUCGCGCCCCCCGCCCGGCAGGGGCCUCGGCGCCCCUCGGUCCCCGCGACCCCGCGCGCUCGCUCGGGGGGCGGGGGACUCCGGGGUCCCCUGCCCCACGCCGCUGCCCCCUUCUUUCUCGGGCAGCCCCCCACCCCAGCCUCUCCCCCAUCCCGCCGCCGCCUCUCCGCCCCCGUCCCCAUAUCGUCAAGCUCAGGCGGCGUGGGAGGGGGGAGCCUCCCGAAUCGGCAGGAUGUACCCCCAGGGAAGGCACCCGACCCCGCUUCAGUCCGGCCAGCCCUUCAAGUUCUCAAUCUUGGAGAUCUGCGACCGCAUCAAAGAAGAAUUCCAGUUUCUUCAGGCUCAGUACCACAGCCUCAAGCUGGAGUGUGAGAAGUUGGCCAGUGAGAAGACAGAAAUGCAGCGACAUUAUGUCAUGUACUACGAAAUGUCCUACGGGCUCAACAUUGAAAUGCAUAAGCAGGCUGAGAUUGUGAAGCGCCUCAGUGGUAUCUGUGCUCAGAUUAUCCCCUUCCUGACGCAGGAGCACCAACAGCAGGUCCUGCAGGCCGUGGAGCGGGCCAAGCAGGUGACCGUGGGGGAGCUGAACAGCCUCAUCGGCCAGCAGCAGCUCCAGCCGCUGUCCCACCACGCCCCCCCUGUGCCCCUCACCCCUCGCCCGGCUGGGCUGGUGGGCGGCAGUGCCACGGGGCUGCUGGCCCUGUCGGGAGCCCUGGCCGCCCAGGCUCAGCUGGCCGCGGUCGCCAAGGAGGACCGGGCAGGCGUGGAGGCCGAGGGGUCCAGAGUGGAGAGAGCCCCGAGCAGGAGUGCAUCCCCCUCACCCCCAGAGAGUGUGGCGGAAGAGGAGCGACCCAGCGGCCCGGGUGGCAAUGGGAAGCAGAGAGCCGAGGAGAAGGAUCUGUCGGGACCUUAUGAGAGUGAUGAGGACAAGAGCGAUUACAACCUGGUGGUGGACGAGGACCAACCCUCCGAGCCCCCCAGCCCAGCAACCACCCCAUGUGGAAAGGCACCCAUCUGCAUCCCUGCCCGUCGGGACCUGGUGGACAGUCCAGCCUCCUUGGCCUCCAGCCUUGGCUCACCGCUCCCCAGAGCCAAGGAGCUCGUCUUGAACGAUCUUCCUGCCGGCACCCCUGCCUCCAAGUCCUGCGACUCCUCCCCGCCCCAGGACGCGUCCACCCCUGGGCCCAGCUCCACCAGUCACCUCCGCCAGCUCGCGGCCAAGCCAGCACCUUCCACGGACAGUAUUGCCCUGAGGAGUCCCCUGACCCUGUCCAGUCCCUUCACCACAUCCUUCAGCCUGGGCUCCCACAGCGCCCUUAAUGGGGACCUCUCUGUGCCCAGCUCCUACGUCAGCCUCCACCUGUCCCCCCAGGUCAGCGGCUCUGUGAUGUAUGGACGCUCCCCCAUGAUGGCAUUUGAGUCUCAUCCACAUCUCCGAGGGUCGUCCAUCUCUUCCUCCCUGCCCACCAUCCCUGGGGGAAAGCCGGCGUACUCCUUCCAUGUGUCUGCGGACGGGCAGAUGCAGCCGGUGCCCUUCCCUUCUGACGCGCUGGUGGGCGCCGGCAUCCCGCGGCACGCGCGGCAGCUGCACACGCUGGCGCACGGCGAGGUGGUCUGCGCGGUCACCAUCAGCGGCUCCACGCAGCAUGUGUACACGGGCGGCAAGGGCUGUGUGAAGGUGUGGGACGUGGGCCAGCCGGGCGCCAAGACGCCAGUGGCCCAGCUGGACUGCCUGAACCGGGACAACUACAUUCGUUCCUGCAAGCUGCUGCCGGACGGCCGGAGUCUGAUAGUGGGUGGUGAGGCCAGCACCUUGUCCAUCUGGGACCUGGCGGCCCCCACCCCUCGCAUCAAGGCGGAGCUGACCUCCUCGGCGCCCGCCUGCUACGCCCUGGCCGUCAGCCCCGACGCCAAGGUCUGCUUUUCCUGCUGCAGCGACGGCAACAUCGUGGUCUGGGACCUGCAGAACCAGACCAUGGUCAGGCAAUUCCAGGGCCACACGGAUGGGGCCAGCUGCAUCGACAUUUCUGAUUACGGCACUCGGCUCUGGACAGGGGGCCUGGACAACACCGUGCGCUGCUGGGACCUGCGGGAGGGCCGCCAGCUGCAGCAGCAUGACUUCAGCUCCCAGAUUUUUUCCCUGGGCCACUGCCCCAACCAGGACUGGCUGGCGGUCGGCAUGGAGAGCAGCAACGUGGAGAUCCUGCACGUCCGAAAGCCCGAGAAAUACCAGCUGCAUCUUCACGAGAGCUGUGUGCUGUCCCUCAAAUUUGCCUCCUGUGGGCGGUGGUUCGUGAGCACCGGGAAAGACAACCUGCUCAAUGCCUGGAGGACGCCAUAUGGAGCCAGCAUCUUCCAGUCCAAGGAGUCAUCCUCCGUGCUGAGCUGUGACAUCUCUGGGAAUAACAAAUACAUCGUGACAGGCUCUGGGGACAAGAAGGCCACCGUGUACGAGGUGGUCUACUGAGACACCACUCUUCCUGCACCCUUGGCCCAACUCCUGAGGGAGGGGCAACCAGGACCCCCUCUCCAGUCCUACUCUGAGCACUAAAUCUCAUCUGCUCUCUGGCUGACCCCCUUACGUCCUCCCCUGCUGGAUGUGGGACCAGAUGUGCAGGGGGACUUUGGGGAAA